UGGGCGACCGGCCCGCGCAGCGCCGCCACCAUCGCCGCCAUGGUCCGGGGACCUCAGGCGGCCGGGGCUGCCCUUCGCGCUGCCUGAGCCCUUCGCGCCUCCCGGCCAGACCUGUGCGCAGCCUGGGCGAGAUGCUGUUGGCUGUCAUCUCACUGGGUGCCCUGUUGUUGGCCCUCCUCCUGUUCCUGCGACGCCUGGAAUGGGGUCUGUUACACAUCUACUGGUUUGAGUUGGUGCACCAGCCAGUCCGCAACCUGCUCAUGGGAGACACAAAGGAGCAGCGCAUCCUUCGAAAUGUGCAGCAGCAUGCCAAGCCUGGAGACCCCCAGAGCGUCCUGGACGCCAUUGACACCUACUGCUCAGAGAAGGAGUGGGCCAUGAAUGUAGGUGACACAAAAGGCCAAAUAUUGGAUGCAGUGAUUCGGGAGUACAACCCCUUGCUGGUGCUGGAGCUAGGAGCUUACUGUGGCUACUCAGCCACACGGAUAGCCCGCCUGCUGCCACCUGGAGGCCGGCUUCUCACCAUGGAGAUGAACCCUGACUAUGCUGCCAUCACCCAGCAAAUGCUGAACCUGGCAGGCCUGCAGGACAAAGUCACCAUCCUCAUUGGGGCAUCCCAGGACCUCAUCCCGCAGCUGAAGACCAAGUAUGAUGUGGACACCUUAGACAUGGUCUUUCUUGACCACUGGAAAGACCGCUACCUGCCAGACACACGUCUCCUGGAGGAGUAUGGCCUGUUGCGCAAGGGGACAGUACUUCUAGCUGACAAUGUCAUCGUCCCGGGAGCCCCUGACUUCCUGGAAUAUGUGCGGGGGAGCAACAAGUUCGAGUGCACACACUACAGCUCAUACCUGGAGUACAUGAAAGUGGUAGACGGCCUGGAGAAGGCCCUCUACAAGGGUGCAAGCAGCCCAUGAAGUCUUAACCACUCAGCCUACCCUGAGGUCCCCUUCCAGCUUCCUUCUGCAAGAUGACACACACUCACCCUGACCUCGCUAUGCUUCUGGAGCCUGUCCUGGAGUGCUGUGGCUCCAGAUUGCCAACACUGGCACAGUCUCCAGGUAGUGAUCUCCCCAUCCAAAACCACUGCAAUAGACCUGGAAAGCACCUGUGAUAAAAGGCUGAAUUGAGCUGGAGGUGCCAUGGUCACAGUGCCUGCCUCGCAUGCAAGAGGCCUUGAGUUUAAUCCUAAACACCAGAAAACAAAAGGGAUGAAAAAAAAGUCAAAGCAGGUGUCAUCCUGCUGGUGUCCGGUGUCACCUAAGAGAUUCUCACAGGGUCAGUGCCAGAGUGCUGGGCACUGCCAUCACCAAUUAGGGCCAGCCAGAAGUCAGGAAACUGGGAAUAUCCAGAUGCUGUUUGGCUGUUACCAGAUAUCCCCGGCCACUCACCCUUCAUCUUGAGAGUGAGUCAUAAGCUCUCCAGGCUGGUGGCACACACCUUUAAUCCCAGCACCCAGGAGGAAAGGCAGGCAGAGCCCUGAGUUCAAGGCCAGCCUGGUCUACACAGUGAGUUCCUGGACAGCCAGGGCUACAGACUCUUGUCUUCCCGAGUUAUAACCCGUUUUCUAGUUAUGCCGUGAUCUUUCAUCAUCAAAGAAAUUCAAGCUCCUAAUAUUUGGAUACCAGAGAUCCACUCAGUUACUGUCUCAGCUACCACACUGCUCUCCUCCCUGCUGUACAACACGACAGUCCACCUCUGCACCAUCUCUGACUGGGUAGGCUGGGGACAGGUAGCUGGGGGGCCAUGCUGUCCCCUGCUGCUCUCCACCCCUGUGUGGCACUCAGGAGACACUCUCUCCAGCCCUGCUUCCUGACUUACAGAAGAGGA